CAUUCCGUACCGACGCCGAGCGAGCUACGCACGGCACGCGGGCGUUCUUCGACGUUUUCAAGCGAAAGGAUUUGCGGUAGUUCCCGUCCCUGGGGAUCCGCGGAGCAGCGCGAGACAUACCGGUGCGCUGGGAUUUGUGUUCUUCCGGUGAGUGGAGGGUAAAAGCGCCGGCUGGGAAAACUUCACAACACCGCCUGAAAACAUGGUGGACUGCGCUGGAGAGAGCGAGCUCACCAUCGUCUCGGACUCGAGCUCCGAGUUCUCCGAAGACGACUUCGAGUACGGUGGUGGUGGAGCCGACGGGGUCCUUAAAGUCUCGGCCAUGGGGAGCAAGGAGUUGGAAGAGCGGGACCGAAGUCUGAGACGCCGCUCUUCAAGGCGCCGGAAUUCGGACAGGGUCCGUCACAAGCGGCAGGUGAUGCAAGACAUGGCCCGACCGCUGAAACAGUGGCUCAUCAAACACAGAGACAACCCUUAUCCAACCAAAACAGAGAAGAUCCUGCUGGCUCUGACGUCACAGAUGACGUUGGUACAGGUCUCCAACUGGUUUGCCAACGCCAGGCGGCGGCUGAAGAACACGGUGCGAGACCCUGACCUGAGCUGGGGCAUGCGCAUUAAGCUGUACAACAAGCACGUGCAGGGAAACGCGGAACUGUUGUCCAUCAGCUCUAACGACGACAGCGACGAGGACGACUUCGGGGAUUCUGAUUACGGCGAUCAUGAUGGCGGCAGCAAGGGAAAUCUCCUAAUCCCACGUUUCAAAGGAGACAGAGACGAGAACAGCAACAACUCGUCCCUGCCCCCCUCCCCCACUGAGGACUUGGACCACAGGUACGCCAUCCCCAGGUACCCGGACAGUGGCGAGGAGCCGAGUUCCCCCACCAAGUACAAGCACAGUAUCCUCCAGAGGUACCUCAACGACUCCUUCCACAGCACCGCGCGCAGGAACGACAAAUCCGGGUCCCUCAGCUCCCAAGAUUACGAAGACCUGUCGGAAUCGGCUCGGAGCAUCCGAUCGAGCUUCGGGAGUGACGGAAGUGUCCGAUUAAGCCCGACGAGUGAAGGCGAGCCGCGAUCAUCCCCGGUGUUUGAAGACGAGGAGUUGCACUGGAAGGAAAUUGACGCGGCCAUGGCGCUUACAAGUCUCGCGAGAAGUCGCGGCUGUCCGUGAGGAUGACGUCACGUGUGACUGACGACUUGCUGACAUGUCUGACAUCAUCAAAUCACCGACUGAUGGUCGAAUUAUGUAAAUACAACGAACUGGUCUAGAAGACGACUACGCAGCUCGCGGACCAAUGACGAUUCUUGCUUGAAGAGCCACUGCGACUCUUGUCAGAGACUGUCGAAUGCUGAUGUCAUUUUGAAGAAGCAAGACUUCAUUCCAAGGGGAUAUGUGGGGAACAAAUGAUCUUUCUGGGCUUUCUUUUUUCCACUGGACGACCUACCUAUCCGGGAUCUGUGGAAACGUGGGACCAAAUUUGAGCAGGAGCAGAGCAAAUAACGUGCCUUCAUCAUCAUUAGAACCACUAGGAUUGUAUUCUGAUGAAAGAAUGUCUAUGAUUGGACACAAGUUUGAACCGAGAGUGAGAGAGCAGCGGUGAUUGGUGGGUGACUUAACGAGGAACAAGUUUGCUGUUUGAAAAAACGAUGAACUGCGAUGCGAUUGGUUGUUUGGCGAGCGUUCCGUGACGUGGCUGUUUGUCAUUGGUUACUGAGAGGACAAGGUGCAAGGAAUGAUGGAAAAUCGGCCGCGCUGGCUCGCGACCAAGACGUAAAAACACCAACACAGAAGAAUGUUUUUUCUCAGCCAAGUCUUCCAGAUCAAACCAUUUUCAAACUCUAAUAUCUUUCCAGGGGGAUUUUUAUAAAGUACUAACAACAUUUUCUCGCCUACUUGACAACUACUGGCUGCCUAUGUACAAUGCUCGUCGCUUGACUACAAUAUGAUAUUCUCUUUUCGCAACCUUUGUUGAAGUUCAUCUUUUUUCCUUGUAUAUCCUCGACGACUACUGCCGAUUGAGCAGUUCAUACAUAUAGGUAUAUAUCAGUACUUGGUCAAAACCACUAGAAAGAUGGAGGGGUGGAUGGAUCAGUAAUAAAAAGAAGUACGGCUAAAUUUUACAUCUACCUGUCACGAGGGAUGGUUGGUAUCUCCCAGAACGAUUCUCGCUUUGUUUCUUGUUUUCGUUACUUCGUUUGAAUUUCUCUUUUUAAGUCGUGUAAUUUUCGCCGAGAUUAUUUAUGUUUCAUUGAUAUUUUACAAGAUGUUCUCUGACGUGUUUUUUGUGUCUCAUGUAAACAGCGAAAUAAAUAUUGGGGUUUGAGUUCAGUUUA